GCAAAAGUUAGGUGGUUCAUUCCUAUCGCUACUAUAAAUUCAGCAAGGUGUUGCUGCAUUGUCAUUGCGCCUUUCACUAGAUACACAGACAACCUAAAAUGGCAAAACUUGUCAUUUUUCUCCUUCCUGUCAUACUGUUCCUCCCCAUACUCUCCACCUGUCAAAACAUUUAUACAUCAAGGGCAACAUUCUACGGCAGUCCAGAGUGCUCUGGAACUCCCAGUGGAGCUUGUGGGUAUGGAGACUUUGGGAGAAACAUCAAUGGCGGAGACGUGGGUGCUGUAUCAAGAUUGUACAGGAAUGGCAGUGGGUGUGGAGCAUGUUACCAGGUGAGGUGCAGAUGUCCUCAGCUGUGCAAUGACUAUGGUGUUAGGAUUGUGGUCACAGACCAUGGAGAAGGCGACAACACUGAUUUCAUCCUCAGCGCUCGUGGUUUCGUAAAGCUUGCCAAUCCCAACAUGGCCGCCCAGCUCAUGGCAUAUGGCACCAUCGAUGUUGAAUACAGAAGGAUACCAUGUCAGUAUCCAGGGAACAAUCUGAACAUCAAGGUGACAGAGAACAGCCGAUACCCUGACUACUUGGCCCUUGUAAUCCUCUACCAAGCAGGCCAGAAAGAUAUAAUGGGUGUCGAGUUAUGGCAGGAAGACUGCAAACAAUGGCGAGGGAUGAGGAGGGCUUAUGGCGCAGUUUGGGACAUUGUAAACCCUCCAAAGGGACCAAUGAACAUGCGACUCCAGGUUGCCAGUGAUGAUGGUGCUCAGGACUGGGUCAAGUUGACAGCUGUUGUCCCCAGUGCCUGGCAAGCGGGGGUCUCCUACGACUCUACCAUCCAACUCACCUGAGACCCUUCUCCAUUAUCUACCACAAAACAUACAAGAAGAUGCCCGCAUAUAAAUUAUUUUUGUUUUAAUCGAAAAAUAAGUAGCAGAUGGUAAGCCUUUAGUACCUGAAAUAAAGAGCUGCAUGCUGGCUCAGUGAUUGUCCUCUGUAGUGCAUGAUAUGCUUUGGUUACGUAAUCUGUCAGCUGAAUAAAAGUUGUGCUUCCUCAGAUAGGAA